CCUCGAAGUGGGGACACGGGUGAGGAGAACUGCAGCACUGUGACAAAGUUCAUUCUCCUUGGAUUAUCUGAUGACCCUGAGCUGAGAGUCUUCCUCUUCCUGCUGUUCCUUCUCAUCUACGGAGUCACAGUUUUGGCCAACCUAGGCAUGGUUGCACUGAUUCGAGUCAGCUCUCGACUCCACACCCCCAUGUACUUUUUCCUCAACCAAUUGUCCUUUGUGGAUUUCUGUUACUCCUCAACCAUUGUGCCAAAGAUGUUGGCUAAUAUUUUAAACAAGGACAAAGCUAUCUCCUACCUGGGGUGCAUGGUGCAAUUCUACUUGUUUUGCACAUGUGCAGUCACUGAGGUCUUCCUCCUGGCUGUGAUGGCCUAUAACCACUUUGUGGCCAUCUGUAAUCCACUGCUCUACAUGGUAUCCAUGUCUGAGAAGGUCUGUGGAGAGCUGGUGUCUUGCUGCUACGUCUGUGGAUUGGUGUGUUUUCUAAUUCACUUGUGCUUAGUUCUUGAGAUCCCAUCCUGUAGAUCAAAUGUGAUUAACCACUUCUUCUGUGAUCUCCCCCCUCUCUUAAGUCUUGCUUGCUCUGAUGUCACUUUGAAUGAGGUUCUGCUUUUCAUUGUGGCCACUUUCACUGAGAUCAUGGCCAUUGUGAUCAUCCUUACCUCCUACUUGUUUAUUCUCAUCACCAUCCUGAGGAUGAGCUCUGCAGAGGGAAGGCAAAAAGCUUUUUCCACCUGUGCCUCCCACCUCACAGCCAUCAUUGUUUUCCAUGGAACAAUCCUUUUUAUUUAUUGCCAACCCAGUUCAGGCAAUGGUGGGGAUGCUGACAAAGUGGCCACAGUGCUCUACACUGUAGUGAUUCCCAUGUUGAACCCCCUGGUCUAUAGCCUGAGGAACAGGGACGUGAAAGAAACACUCAGAAAAGUGGUGGACUCCAAAUUAUAUUCUUAG